AUGGCGUCGCGAUUGUAUCGCGGCCUGAAAUGGCUCUACAACACCUUUAAAAUGGGCUACUUCGCGCCGCUGCUCAUCCUCAUUUCCUAUACAUUAUUGGGCGCCAUCAUCUUCAAGGCGCUGGAGCACGACGAGGACCAGAGGCGGCGCAAUUUCUACCGGAAUGAAUCCGAAUAUGCCGUUAAUCAGGUGCUCGACCGUAUGCUGGAGGUACGGUGCCACGAUGGGCUUCUGAAAGAGCUGAAUCGUGUCGAACAGAUCCGACAUGCCCAGGAUGCCCUUUUCUGGUUCCUCGAUCAUCUCAAUUUAACGGCGGUAAUCGAGGAACGAUCGGACGCGUCACCGUGGACGUGGUGGGGCAGUAUGUUCUACGCCGGCCAACUUUACACGACUAUUGGCUACGGGUUUCCGAUUGUGAAGACAGUGCCCGGGCAAGUCGUCAGCAUUUUCUACAUUAUGAUUGGGAUCCCAAUUUUCCUGAUAAUCCUAAAAGACGUUGGGCGGUUGAUGUCGAGGGGCCUCCGCAAAUUCUACAAGCGCCUGAAAAACUCGCGGAUUGCCGAGACGACGGAGCAGAUACGCAGGUUCUCACAGUCGUCCAAGCAAACGCUGAAAAUCGACGCCGGAACGGAAAGUGAAGCGUUGGCAAAGGAGGGGAAAGAGCAGCGGAUACUUGCGCUAAAUGGACGUUCAAAAAAGGAGAAAGCCGAGCUCGACCCGGUCAAACAAAAUAGACUAAAUCAACGUGCGGAAAUGAGCUUCCCGAUUCCAAUAGCGCUGGCCAUUCUGUCGAUGUGGAUUUUGUUUAGCGCGGCCCUGUUUUGCAUCUGGGAGACGGAGUGGGGCUACCUCACCAGCGUCUACUUUUUCUUUGUAUCGAUCAGCACGGUCGGCCUGGGUGAUAUCUACCCCUCGAAACCCGACAUGAUGAUCUUCAAUUUUAUUUUGAUUCUCGUUGGGCUGGCGCUGUUGUCAAUGUGUUUCAAUCUCAUACAGUUGACGGUAGAGCGAUUUUUGGACCGCCUCAUCGACGAAUACAUUGAAGAAAUUGAAAAAAUGGCCGACAUUGUGCAUCAGGAUGAUCCGGCCACCGAGCACGCAAUGCCCUUCGAAUUCAAGAUGACCACUGGAAAUCUGCUGCAGGUCCCGUUCCGGAAAGUCGCCGAGCCGCAGGGGCUGUUCAGCGAAGUGAAAAGCUUCGUUGCGGAGAAAUUUGCGGAAAACCUGAUAGCGUCGAGGAAGAAGCGGAAGAAGAAGAAGCCGCUGACUACAAAGGACAACCUGAUGACGGCAUGGCAGAAGACGUUGAGAAAACGGGCAGUACAGCGAGAUAUCUACUUUGACUACACGACGGAUAUUUCGGCCAACGAGGCGGCGCUCAACAACAAAUCGACGUUGAGCAUUUUGCGGAUCGAUGACGAGGAGCCAAUAUUACAGUCAGCCUUGAUGCGAUUACGGUCGCCGCCAAAAAUCCGACUGCCAGCCGGUUUGCCAUCUGGAUCGAGGAGAUUCCAUCGGCCUCUUCGGCCAACCCCCUCUUCACCUGGCUGCAUGGAGACGGAUAAUUCGAUGAGAGAUUCCGGCGGCCCCUCACCCCUGCACGACACGAGAAGCUUGCCGUCAAGCGAAUUCACGCGACUUCAAAAUCUUUGCGGGUUAUUGCCGAACGAUUUUGCGAGACAAAAAAGACGAGUGUCCCUCGAUAGCCCAUCUCAUGGCUACCGCUCAAAUUCAUCGAUUGACGAUUCAACGUUUGAAAAGGCUAAGGAGCCGUCAAAUGUACAAUUCCAU